AACGUUUGUCAUGAUCCAUACCGGGGUCUGAACUGUGAGAUGUCAUGUGAGAAGUGUGCAGGAUCUUGUCUGUCUGGAUGUGACGGAGGUUGUAAACCUGGCUUCUAUGGUCAUUGGUGUGAUAAGGUGUGCAGUGAAAACUGUCGUCCUGGGCCCAACAAAACUGCAGUUUCUGUCUUGGAGUGUGACCAAAAUACAUCCAUCAAUUGCAUCCCCAAGUGUGACAACAACACUGGAGACUGUAUCCAUGGUUGUAAUGAUGGUUGGUAUGGUGAGAACUGCUCCUCUCGAUGUAGCCGGAAGUGUGCAAAUAUGUCCUGCACUGAGUCAGGGUCGUGUGCAGCUGGUUGUGCACCAGGGUAUGCUGGGACUGACUGCUCCUGCUUUGAAAACUGCAUCCAUGAUGUUUGUCACCCGAACAACGGAUCUUGUGUGAAAGGUUGCAUCAAUGGAUAUUAUGGUACAUUUUGUAACAUCUCCUGUGACGUCUGUCUUGACGGUGUAUGUGGUCGGACACAUGGAACCUGCGUCAGAGGAUGUAAUGAUACCGACCAGACAUGCACAUCUAGCUGUACUAAAGACUGUCCUUUGGAGGUCUGCCUUAAACUCAGAACAUGUUCAGGUGUUCAACCGAAGCUCGACAUCAAGUACAUGACAAUAGGCCUGUCAGCAGUGAUGUUUCUCACUGGCAUCCUGUGUGCUGUGUGUUUUGUAAGAUACUGGUCAAAGAGAAGGAACAAUGAAGCAGACAUCUACACAGUAGAGUAUCAACCUCCGUCAAAUAGAUAUUACGAAAUUUGCGAUGAAGAUGUGGACCAAGAAUGUGACUCCACUGAGCCUGAAUCGAAUGACGUUACUCCUCCGUUGGCAGAACUGCUUAAGGAAGCUGACGGCAGUGGAACACACAGUGACGUAUCUUCAGAUGGUUCUUCAGAAGACAACCAGUCGUACACACACCUAGAGAGGGAUAACUGUGUCGGUGACCAGACAACUCAUGUGAAAUAUAUAACACCAGCUGAGAAACGGAUGUCCGGUGAACAGUAACAUCGAAGGAAAUCUCAUUCACUACCACUUUCAAGGGGGUGCAAGGUCGAUUUAUAGUAUAUAGCCUGUAGGUUACAGUGUGGUUGUGGAUAGUACCUGUUUCAAAGAUGUCCACAAACUUUACCUUUAUACAGGCAUCAUCAGUGACAAAAGCGAUGCUGAGGAGAACGAGUACCUUUGUAAUGGUUAUAAUGGUGGGAUCACCUUCACGUAAACACCUCCUAUCAUCAGUAUUUGAUAGUGAGUGAGUGAGUUAACAUUUAACGUCACAUCGGCAAUAUUUCAGCCAUAUCGCAGUAUUUGAUAGUGAUUCGUGGACACAGGCUAAUGAUAAAGUCAGACAACACAUAGUUUAUGCGAGUUGUGAAAGAGGUUUUGUCGGUGAUAGUUUGACCCAUUGAGAACCCGAACGAAUAUUUCUUCAUGGUGGAUUUAGGAGUGAACUUGACGCAUUACUUGAUGCCUAUCUGAUCUGUAAAUAGUUGGAGAUUUUAUGACUUAGUGCAAGAAGUAAGCUGAGUUUUGUGUUAAGUGCAUGAGCUUGUAAAAUUAUCACAACGCAUUUUCAAUUUUUGUUUGCUCGUGUUUAGAAACUAGGCCUUUG